AUGGCAAACGCAAAGGGUCUGGCGGAAAAGCGUCGAGUGGCCGUGGCCGGGGCACAUCACGAGGGGGACCAAGGCCAGGACCAAGACCAAGACGAGGACCAAGACGAAGACGUCGUGUCCAAUUGCAAAUUGCAGUGCCCUCCAUUGCCAUCGCUGCCUGCGAUUGGCGGGUCUGAGGCUGACGCCGCGCCCAACUUCCCCUACGUUGACCUGGUCGGCUCUGUCCUCCCAACCUCAUGGACCGCUGGGCUAACAAGCAUCCCGCGCCUCGAGGCACAGGCACAGGCACAGGCACAGGCACAGGCACAGGCACAGACACAGGCGCAAGAUCAGUCCGCGUCGGCGAUCCGCAUCCGCGACAACCAGCGGCGCUCGCGGGCCCGGCGAAAAGAGUACGUGGAAAACCUCGAGCGCAAGGUGCAGGAGUACGAGCGGCGGGGCGUCGAGGCGACGCUCGAGAUGCAGCAUGCCGCUCGGACCGUGGCCCUCGAGAACUCGAGGCUCAAGAUGAUGCUGGCGAGCCUGGGCGUCAGCGAGGCCGACAUGGACGCCUUCCUGGCCGCCUGCCAGGACCGAGAGGCCGCCGAGGCCUUGUCGAGCGUCAGCAUGCGGCCUGUUCACCACGAUCAGAGGGACGACGAGGCGUCGGGGGACGUCAAGGUCGUGCCGCCGCAGGGUGCGGGCGGCGCCGGCGCCGGCGCGUAUCCGCAGUGCGUGCCGGGAGUCCAGCAGCCCGUCUUUGCUGCCGGCGGCCGCGCGGAGCGCAAAUACGUCCCCGGCUCGACGGCUUCUCGAAGGCACACGCCGCUGGAUGUGCUGGCGUUGGCGACGCUCCAGCAGAGUUCUUGCUGCGAGGGCAAGGCCCGAUGCACGGCGACGGCGUCCGAGGCGACCAGCCCGUCGACGGUCGAGACCAGCACGCGCGCCGUCACGCCCACCUCUUCGCCGGCCGCUGCUGGCCUGGUGCAGGGUUUUUCGUCGCCCAUGGAAAUGUCGUGCAGUGCGGCGGCGGCCAUCAUUGCCGAGAUGCAGGGCCACGGCGAUGCGGGAGCUGCCAAGGCGCGGCUGGGAUGUCGUGGACAGCAAGAGUGUUUGGUGAACAACACUCUGCUGUUCGAGAUACUGGAGAGCGAAGGACACGGCAACUUUCCAUGA